AGUAUCGAUUCGCUCUAAUCGCAACUGAUCGAUUCGCGCCGGCGCCGCCCACCUCCGCCCCUCAUGGGCGACGGCGAGGACCGCAUCAGCGGCCUCCCCGACGAGCUGCUGCACGCCAUCCUCGCCCGCCUCGGCUCCGCCCGCAGCGCCGUGCGCACCGGCGCGCUCUCCCGCCGCUGGCGCCACGUCUGGGCCCCACUGCCGGAGCUCGUCCUCGGGUACUGCCUCGACCUCGACGCGCCGCCGCUGCCCGCGUUCCUGGACGCCGUCGACGCCGCCCUCGCCGACUGUGCCGCCCCGACCCUGGAUGAACUCUGGGUCUUGCCGCCCGGCGACCAUGGCCGCGGCGUCCUGGCCGGGCGCAUCGAGCCGUGGCUGCGCUUCGCCUCUGAGCGCGUGGUGGGCACGGUCGUGCUCGUUGUGCCCCCGCCGCCGCCGGAGGCCCGUGCGGAAGAGGCGGUGCUCCACCUUCCAGCGUGCGAAGGGGUGGCAACAUUCGACCUCAGCCUCGAUGGGGAUUGGCGGGUCCGGCCCCCGUCGGCCGGCUUGUUCCGGGCGCUCACCGACCUGAGGAUACAAUCUUGCCGGAUGGAAGCCGGCGAGCUCACAGCCCUUGUCUGCACGCAGUGCCCGUGCCUGAUGGACCUGACGCUCGCCAUCGUGUUGGUUACUGCUUCUGACGUUUCGAUACGCUCUGAUUCGCUGCGAUCGCUCUGUUUCUCCGUCAGGACAACACUGCGGCUGGAGAUCGCGGCGCCAAGACUGGAAAAGCUGUCUGUAUCUGCCCCUGUCCAUGAGGCACGAAUCUCUGCCCCGAAGCUCGCAGAGGUAGACUGGUCUCACCCUAUCUACAAUCGUCACCGCCACCAGUUUGAUGAUGUUGGCUGUCGCCUCCGGCUGCUAGAACUUGGUUUAAAUGCAUCCCUUAUGCAACAAUUCGACCAAGUUGAUGAAUUGAAACUGGCCAUGUUCAUUCCAGAGGGAAAAGCUGCCUACCAACGUUUCUUGAAUGAAACUAACAAUCUUCCCAAGUGUGAGAUCUUGAGAAUAUCCUCAGGGUGGGAUUACCAUGGCCUGGUGCCAGGCAUGUUGCAUCUCUUGAGGAGUUGCAGUAGUACGAGGAAGGUUUUCUUACUUGAUACCAGCGACUACGCAAUGAGGCAACCUUGCCUGCCAUCUUGCCCUUGUCUUUUGGAAGAGAGUCACAGGAUUGAUGAUAUAUCUCUCAAUUCACUUGAAGAAGUAGAAAUCACUUCCUGUACAAGUUAUCAUGGGGCACUGGAAUUUGUGGUGCAACUGUCCAGAUGCAAUGCAGCAAUCCUGAAAAAGGUUGUCCUGAAAUAUAGGAUGGACUCUGCUCCUCCACCAACAAAGGAGGUAUGUGAGAAGAUCCGCGGCAUGUGGCAGCCAAAUAUUGAAGUCGAAUUCUAUGUGUUUUCAGAUCGGAAUUGGGUGCGUUUGUAUUGAAUAAAUAACCCGCAAAAAAGUAUUGAAUAAAUAAAGACCGUGAUGAACAAACUGUAAUGGUCUUAGUUUCUGCUCACUUGAAUCUGUCUAGGAGUGUAGUAUUGUUGCUGGCUUUACCAGCAUUCAGUUCAAAUUUAGGGUUUGAUCUGUUAAUCCUGUUGUUAGUUGUUGGGCAUUGAUCUUCUGUAUUUUAGUUGAUGUUUCUGUUCCUUCAAAAUCGGCCAGACUUCGGAAACUUUCUUA